ACUGUUCUUCUUGCGUACAUGCAUUUAUUCAUCUCUACUUUCGAUUCUGUGCAAACAAAAUUCAGAUUACGGACUCUUCGUCGGUGACCUCAAUUUCUCUCUCUCUACCUCUCUUUCUCUCUCUCUCUCUCUCUCUGAAACCGAAGAGAAAUGAUGCUUGGAGAGGCAACAAAUGAUCGUGGUGGGGAAAUUAAAGUAAGUUUUGGUUACCAAUGCAAUGGACAGCUCGAUAAUUCCAGUGACAUGCACAAAGGAAUUGAAAUUUCAACCCGGAUAAAACUCCGGAGAGCCAACAGUUCCUUUUCUUGCCUAUCUGGGGCUGCCUUAAGUGCUAAUGCCACACUGGCCAACACUAAUAUGUGCAAUGGGUUAAUUGGGGCAGAAAUACUUCCAACUUUGGACUCCCCGAAGUCAUUUCGAAGGAUACCUUCUUCACCCUCUAUUUCAAAGUUGGACAUGUUAUCAUCUUCUCUCCAAAGUAGCAUGUCAAACUUAAGUUGUCCUUCCACUCCCAGUGGAACACCUGAAUACGAUUCCUUUUUGCUAAAACCCAUGAGUGCUCCUUCCAGAAGUGAAGGUUUCCUUAAUGCCACGGAAGUACAAGUUGCAGGUGGUGCAGCUGGCGAAGACAGAGUUCAAGCAGUUUGUUCUGAAGAAAAUGGGUGGCUUUUUUGUGCAAUAUAUGAUGGCUUUAAUGGUAGAGAUGCAGCUGAUUUUCUGGCUGGAACAUUGUAUGAAACCAUUGGGUUCUACCUUAACUUGCUAGACUGGGAACUGAAGCAAGAUUUGGUUGGAGAUUCUGAUGAGCAGUCCCUCCAGUAUUUUAUGGAUGAUAAUGAUAUUAACUGCAGAAUUGCAAGAACCGGUGAUGAGGAUUCAUCAAUGAACUGUUUUGCCAAGGGACCUGAACAACCAUCUUAUUCAUUCAACCAGAAAGUGCUUGAUAGCCUCCAACGUGCUCUUAGUCAGGCUGAGAAUGAUUUCUUGUACAUGGUUGAACAGGAAAUGGAGGACCGACCGGAUUUAGUAUCUAUUGGCUCUUGUGUCUUGGUUGUACUUCUGCAUGGGAAAGACUUGUAUACCCUCAAUUUAGGUGAUAGUCGAGCUUUAGUUGCAACUCAUGUUGAAGGUGGUAGGAAUGACAAGAAGCUGCAAGCUAUCCAACUCACUGACAGUCAUACAGCGGACAAUGAAGUGGAACGAGAUCAACUUAAACGUGACCAUCCAGAUGACCCUGCAACAAUUGUGGCUGGAAAAGUGAAGGGAAAGUUGAAGGUGACUCGGGCAUUUGGCGUUGGAUACCUAAAAAGGAAAAAUUUGAAUGAUGCUUUGAUGGGCAUUCUUCGAGUUCGUAACCUUACGAGUCCUCCUUAUGUCUCCAUUCAACCGUCACUAAAUGUCCACAGAAUCUCAAGUUCCGAUCACUUUGUUAUACUGGGGAGUGAUGGUUUGUUUGACUUCUUCAGCAAUGAUGAGGCGGUAAAUCUUGUACAUUCAUAUAUCUUAAGCAACCCUUCUGGUGAUCCAGCAAAGUUUCUUUUGGAGCAGCUUGUGAUUAGAGCAGCUGAUUCUGCAGGUUUCAGUACAGAAGAAUUGAUGAGUAUACCAGAUGGUAGGAGAAGGAAAUACCAUGAUGAUGUAACUGUAAUUGUAAUCAUACUCGGCACAAAUAAGCGCACUUUGAAGGCAUCAACUUGCUUGUAAGUUAUUUUGCAUCAAGUCCUGAGUCGUGACCAACAAUUUUUUAAUUUCAUUUUGUGCGUCCGUUUCCUUUUGCCAAGAUUACCAAUAUUUCCGACUUUUUAAUAAAGGAUUGUGUUGUAUAUAUGUCACAGCUGAUAUCCAAUUGAUAGUGUUCAUCUUUAUUUGUUCAAA